GCCAGUAAUACUAGUUUUGCUAAUAAUCAAGAUCGCGCUAGCUUAAUAAGAUAUAUUAUUUAUUUAUUUAAUAACUUUAUUAAUUGGCUAAGCAAGAAACAGUAUUAUAUAAUUCUUUUAACUACUGAAGCUGAAUUAUUAGCUCUAAUUACUAUAGUCAAGCAACUUCUUUGA